UUUGGUUUGUCAAACAACUAUUCAACAAUACAGGUCGACGUCGGUCGUCGACUGGUCGAGUACUGACAUAGAACAAUAUUGACGGUACUGAGUAGUCGAGCCACUAGUUCACAAUUCAAGUGCCCGAAAGUCGAACGUUCAUUUUUAAUAUUUUUUGUUUGAUUCAUAAUGUUGCGGUGGGCGAUGGCUAAUGAUAAAAUUUGCUAACUCGUCUAUACUCUAUGCCCUCUGGUCUCUAGGCCCUCGUGGUUUGUACUCGAUUUUCAUUAGCAUUAGUCAUUUCUCAACGUCACCGGUUAUUGAAACUGCACGCAUAAGUACGUGUAACUGAUAUCAAGUAUCAACUUAGUAUUAAAAAUGGUCAUAAAUCUUUGUGUUUAAUAAUAAUUGACUUCAAAAUUCUUUCGCUUGACAGUUGUUGAUAGUGAUAAAAUUGCAUUUUUUAUACAACCUAAUUAUCUUUUUGAGUAGUUUCUGCUGUACUCGAGUUGUUUUUUGUCUUUUUCUUUCGUUUAAUACAGCUGAAACUCACGUGUAAUUUACAAUUCUAAUUUAUUGAAUAUUGUAUAGUAAAUGAAGUUUUGGUGUUCAACACUAAAACGAUAGAAGACAAAAACAUGUCCAAACACCGUGAAUGGGAUCCAACUUGUAAAGUAUAUAUUGGUAAUUUAAAAAGCAAUGCCAAUAAGUAUGAAAUAGAAGAUUUGUUUACCAAGUAUGGUCCAUUGAAAAAUAUUUGGAUAGCAAGGAAUCCACCUGGUUUUGCUUUCAUAGAAUAUGAAGACCCUCGUGAUGCAGAGGAUGCUGUUCGUGGUUUAGAUGGAACAAGAUGUUGUGGAUCCAGAAUUGUUGUUCAAAUGUCAACUGGCAAACGUUCCAGAGAUAAAUCACCUGUACAUAGGGGACGAUCUUCACCUUCACGGCGUGCUUAUCGUUCAUAUUCAAAAUCACAAUCAAGGAGUCGCUCACCUGUUUACAGAAGUAGAAAAUCUCGUUCAAGGUCUUAUUCUAGAGGAAAAUACUAAAAUCACUAUUUAUGCAAAACAACUAUGUAACACAUUUUUAUAAAAUACAUGACGAUUUUAUUUAAAAAUAUAUUUUGAUUUGUUAAAGCCAUAUAAGUUGCUGUCCAUGAUUGAAAGGUGUUAGUAUUAAUUUUAGCAAAUGAAAGUUAGUUUGUUUCUAAUGAUUUGUAAUAAAACGAUUCUUAAAUUUAAA